UUUGCGUCUGAGAGCGAAGGCUCGUACUCCCUCGGGUGGUGGGCGAUGGGCGUCAGGCGAGGAGGAGGCCGGCGUUAGCGGAGCGCGGGAGCUGCGGAUUCGUGGUGCAGUCUCUAGAGUGAAAGCUUAUCUGAAGCCACAAAUCUGUUGCAAGCCUGUCUCCUAGUGAGAUGUAUGUAGUUGGCAACUGGAGGUCCACAAAGGAAAGAACUACUUUUUAUGAACCACAGCACCCAUCGUUGAAGUAGAAAAGCGAGCAUCGGUCAUCAUGCCUGCUGUAGCUUCAGUUCCUAAAGAACUCUACCUCAGCUCUUCACUAAAAGACCUCAACAAGAAGACAGAAGUUAAACUUGAGAAAACCAGCACCAAGAAUUAUGUACACAGUGCUCAGAAGAUCUUCAAGACAGCGGAAGAAUCCAGACUAGAUCGCGAUGAGGAAAAGGCCUAUGUGCUUUAUAUGAAAUAUGUGGCGGUUUAUAAUCUUAUCAAAAAAAGACCUGAUUUCAAGCAACAGCAGGAUUAUUAUCUUUCAAUUCUUGGACCUGCAAACAUCAAGAAAGCUAUUGAAGAAGCUGAAAGACUCUCCGAGAGCCUUAAACUAAGAUAUGAAGAGGCUGAAGUUCGGAAAAAACUUGAAGAAAAGGACAGACGGGAGGAAGAGCAGCUGCAACAACAGAAAAGGCAGGAGAUGGGAAGAGAGGACAGUGGUGCGGUGGCCAAGCGCUCUUUGGAAACUGUAUUGGAUUCCAAAAGCAAAACCCAAAGGAUCAAUGGUGAGAAGAGUGAAAAGAGUACAACUGUGGAGAAAGGAGCAAUUACAGCAAAGGAACUGUAUACAAUGAUGAUGGAUAAAACCAUCAGCUUAAUUAUCAUGGAUGCUCGAAAAAUGCAGGAUUAUCAGCAUUCCUGUAUCUUGGAUUCUCUCAGUGUUCCUGAAGAAGCUAUCAGUCCGGGGGUCACUGCUAGUUGGAUUGAAGCGAACCUCUCAGACGAUUCUAAAGACACUUGGAAAAAGAGGGGGAGUGUGGACUACGUGGUACUUCUCGACUGGUUUAGUUCAGCGAAGGAUUUACUGCUUGGGACCACGCUGCGGAGCCUGAAAGAUGCACUUUUCAAGUGGGAAAGUAAAACUGUCCUGCGCCAUGAGCCUUUGGUGUUGGAGGGUGGCUAUGAAAACUGGCUCCUUUGCUAUCCACAGUGUACAACAAAUGCCAAGGUCACCCCACCCGCUCGGAGCAGAACUGAAGAGGUGUCUGUCUCAUUGGAUUUUACUUAUCCCUCACUGGAAGAACCAGUUCCUUCCAUACUUCCUGCCCAGAUGCCACCUCCACCUCUACAAGUAGAUGAAAAUACACAGCUGGUAACAGAUCAGGAUGAAAGACCAAGACCACUGAACCUGCCAGCACCAACUGGACCUAGUGUUGCCCCCAAAGCCGAAGCUUCACCCUUAAUCCAGCCAGUGCCUGCUACAAAGAAUGUCCCACAGGUUGAUCGUACGAAAAAACCAGCAGUUAAGUUACCUGAAGAUCAUAGAAUAAAGUCUGAAAAUACAGAUCAGAGUGGAAGAGUUCUUCCUGAUCGGUCUACCAAGCCAGUGUUUCUCCCUCCAACCACCAUGUUAACAGAUGAAGAAAAGGCUCGUAUUCAUGAAGAAACUGCCCUUCUCAUGGAGAAAAACAAACAGGAGAAGGAACUUUGGGAAAGGCAGCAGAAGGAACAGAAAGAGAAGUUGAGGCAGGAUGAACAAGAGCACAAAGCUGGAAAGACACAGGAUGGGGAAGAAGAUGACAUCACUGAGAAUCAGCAUAAAGCAAAGGACGGACUGGAGAAGAGAGUCAGCAAACAGACCAAGACAGAAGACAAAGAGCCCUCAGCAGACAGGGGCCAGGAAGCCACAGGGACAAAAAGACAAAGUAAGAGUGAGCCUGAGGCUUCCAAUGCCAAGCUAUCUGUGGAAGGUAAAAGGUGUCCCACAUCAGAAGUACAGAAGAGGCCAGCAGAUGUGUCCCCUGCAUCCGUGUCGGGAGAGCUGAGUGCAGGCAAGGCUCAGCGAGAACCUUUGACAAGAGCACGAAGUGAAGAAAUGGGGAGAAUAGUGCCGGGACUGCCUUCAGGCUGGGCCAAGUUCCUUGAUCCAAUCACCGGGACCUUUCGUUACUAUCAUUCACCCACAAACACAGUUCAUAUGUACCCACCCGAAAUGGCUCCUUCGUCUGCGCCUCCUUCCACCCCUCCUACUCACAAGGUGAAGCCGCAGGUCCCUGCCGAGCGGGACAGGGAGCCAUCCAAACUGAAGCGCUCCUACUCCUCCCCAGACAUCACCCAGGCUCUACAGGAGGAGGAAAAAAGGAGGCCAGCAGUGACCCCGACAGUCAACCGGGACAACAAGCCACCAUGCUACCCUAAAGCUGAGAUCUCGAGGCUUUCUGCUUCUCAGAUUCGGAACCUUAAUCCUGUUUUUGGAGGAUCUGGGCCAGCUCUUACUGGACUUCGUAAUUUGGGAAAUACUUGUUACAUGAACUCAAUAUUGCAAUGCCUGUGUAAUGCUCCACAUUUGGCUGAUUAUUUCAACCGGAACUGCUACCAGGAUGAUAUUAACAGGUCAAAUUUAUUGGGGCAUAAAGGUGAAGUCGCAGAAGAAUUUGGUAUUAUCAUGAAAGCACUGUGGACGGGACAGUAUAGAUACAUCAGUCCAAAAGACUUUAAGGUCACCAUUGGGAAGAUUAACGACCAGUUUGCAGGAUCCAGCCAGCAAGAUUCACAAGAGCUGCUUCUGUUCCUCAUGGACGGCCUCCAUGAGGAUCUAAAUAAGGCUGACAAUCGGAAGAGACAUAAGGAAGAGAACAACGAUCUCCUCGAUGACUUUAAGGCAGCAGAGCACGCCUGGCACAAACACAAGCAGCUCAACGAGUCCAUUAUUGUUGCACUUUUUCAGGGUCAGUUCAAAUCCACAGUGCAGUGCCUCACCUGUCACAAAAAGUCUCGGACAUUCGAGGCUUUCAUGUAUUUGUCUUUGCCACUAGCAUCCACAAGUAAAUGCACUUUACAGGACUGCCUUAGAUUAUUUUCCAAAGAAGAAAAGCUUACAGAUAACAACAGGUUUUACUGCAGCCAUUGCCGAGCUCGGCGGGAUUCUCUGAAGAAGAUAGAAAUCUGGAAGUUGCCGCCUGUGCUGUUAGUCCACUUGAAACGAUUUUCCUAUGACGGCAGGUGGAAGCAGAAGCUGCAAACAUCCGUGGAUUUCCCGUUGGAAAACCUUGACCUGUCACAGUAUGUUAUUGGUCCAAAGAACAAUUUGAAGAAAUAUAACUUGUUUUCCGUUUCAAACCACUAUGGCGGGCUGGAUGGAGGCCACUACACUGCCUACUGUAAAAACGCAGCGAGGCAGCGCUGGUUUAAGUUUGAUGAUCAUGAAGUCUCGGACAUCUCUGUGUCUUCUGUGCGGUCGUCAGCAGCUUAUAUCCUCUUUUAUACUUCACUGGGACCACGCAUAACUGAUGUAGCCACUUAAAGAGGUGGAAGCUGUGGGCGUGUUGAUGUUCUCAGAUUGCAGCAGCACAUCUCCUAAUGCUUACACGAAGCUAAUGGGCCGCUGCAGCUGGCUAUGUAGAGGAACUCCAGAGCACUGGGGCUGGUACUAGCACCGUAUAAUUCAGGUCAGUGCUGUUUAUCAAAAGCUGACACUUAGCAGGUAUCAUAGGAAGCGUUCCUUACAGGUAUCAUUUAUUUCAAAACAACUUUUUUUUAGUCUGCCCCAAAGUUAAAAUAAUUCAUUAGCCAGACAUUUAUUAUUCUAUUGGUGUCAGACCAUUGUAACCCUCAUUUUCCUAUUCACUGCUGUAGCCUUUUCUCAUUUCCAGUCCCAGCUCGAUCUACUAUGAAUACUGUAGAAUGACCUAACGCAGACAGGAAUGUAUCUGUACAUAUUUAUUGCACUCUUGCACAUCAGACCACGGUACAUAGUUAACAUGUCCUUCUGUGGAAGCCUAGAAGGAAUUUUUCUUUUUCUUUUGGCCUCUUCUAAGGUAGCUGCAGUGCUUUCUUAGGGAAACGACAGGGCAAACUAUUUUUCUGUUGGCUUCAGGCUGUAUUUGUGCACUAAAUCUUUAUUCUAAAAAAUGGAAACUUUAAUUUUUUUAAAAAGAAUUCAUUUACAUCUACAUUAAAGUCUUAAUGAGAAAAAAAAAUCAUUU